AUGUCCCGUCAAUACGUGCGCCGCAUCGAUUGGGACGGAACUUCCAUCCAUACUUUGCCAGUCGUCUUUGCUCCACGACAUCUACAUCCUCACCCGUCUUCCUGUGCCAGCACGAUCCGGGGCACUGAAGUCUUGACCCGCAUCUGCCCUUUGGUCGGCUUUGUCUCCCUCCUUCUCCUGGCACAAUGGGAUGGAAAGAUGUUAAGCGCCGUCUGCCUUCUAGGGCUAUUCCAUUCUGGACUUCCUCCAAGUCACCUGAGGGUGGAAACACUCAUCAAGGCACAAACCCUCGUUCAAGUGAGGGGGAUCUCUCGUGGUAAAGGGACUUCUGAAGCCGCAGCUGGCAUUAUCCUACCCUUGGCCAAGUUGGCCAGCAGAUCAUGCCAAGUGGCUGGUAUUGUCUUUUCGUUGAGCCUCUUGGUGUUCUACUCUUCCGGAAAUGAAAGCAAAGGCCCAUCACCAACCGAGUCUAAGCUCGACGCUCUGUUCGACACAUUGCGAGAUGAAAAGAAUGAUGAAAAGGACAAGCUGGAACUCGAAUCGACAAUGGAAUACUUGAGCAGCAAGUUGAAAAUUAGUCUGGAGAACGCAGAGCUUUUUGUCGCUCUAGAACUACUUCAAGCUCCUAGCGUUGGCGAGAUUACGCGUCGCGGCUAUGUUGAUGGAUGGAAAGCAGCAGGUACCGGCACGACUCAUAAGGAGCAUGCUUGUCACAUACAACGCCUUUCGUCCGCACUUUCGACAAACCCUGUGGUGUUUAAGAGGGUGUACAAGUACACUUUUGUGGCUGGUCGCGAAGGCGAUCAGAAAGCCCUUAGUUUGGAGAAUGCCCUGAUAUACUGGAGUAUGCUAUUCUCACCUCCCGGUAUGUCGUGGAAGAGCGAGAACCACGAUUGGUUGGACUUGUGGAAGACGUUUCUUAACGAAAAAUGGACUCGAUCAGCUAACAAGGACAUGUGGAAUAUGACGUUGGAGUUUGCAUUAAAGGCAAUGGCUGAUGAAAGCUUAUCCUUUUGGAGCGAGGAUGGUGCCUGGCCCAGUGUCAUCGAUGACUUUGUCGACUGGUGCCACGGCAAGGGUAUCGGGAAGCAAGAAACAAUGGACGUUGAUUCGGAGCAGUGA